AUGUUAGAAAAAAAGUUUGCUGACAUUGACAAGAAAUUUGAGAAUGUUUUAAACAAGAACAAGAGGAAGUUAGAAAAUGCUCAGAUAAAGCCUAUACAUGACAAGUUCUUAUUUGCUCAGAAUGGUAUAACAGGUCUAAUUGCACCACCUGGGUCGGGUAAGACUUUCACUUAUCUUAAAAUGGCUGCACAACAACAAGAACUAGAUGAGAAGAACCCAUUCUAUGAGUUAGUUGUCAUUUGUAGUACUUCUGGUCAAUUUGACCAAACCGUCAAUUCGUUCAAAGAUAUUAUAAAGAAGUCUAAGUUAGUAUGUAUAAAAGACUCUGAGUUGUUGGAUUGGAUAAAGAAGUACCAAAGAAGAGUUUUGAAGUAUAAUGCUAUAAAUGAGUAUAUAAAUUCGAAGUUUAAAGACCCAAAUGAGGAAAUGCAGAGAAUAUUAGAGAAGAAACACUUCAGAAACAAACAGAAAGAGAUAGAAUACAUUUCGAAGAAAUUGCAAUCUUACGAUUGGAAGACUUACCCUCAUAGAUGUCUUCUUAUCUUAGAUGAUUUCGCCUCUCAUCCUUUGUUAAAGAACAGAG